UUUAGCCUACUGGAAGUUAUUUGACUGACAGCUGGAAACCAAACAUUCGUGUCUGAAUCCCGCUCGCUCCUCCCUAAUGGGGCCCUCGGCGGCCAAUAGCGUGGCUCUGUUGCAGAUAGACCCUAGUGUGUCUCCCUCCGGCUCCAGUCCCCGCAGAGUAAAAGUCACGUUGGAAGGAAAAGGGGAGAGAGAUAUCUACUUACAGCUGCUGUCAGAUAUCCGAUCGCAUUCGCAUGGCGAGGAGGUAACCUGAUCGAGCUGGGAGGAGUGACUUUACCAGGGAAGGCUUGAACAAAAAAAAUGUCUUCUUCUUCUGCCGGAGAAGUCACAACAGCAAAUGACAUCAAGAGGGAAAAUGUGAAGGAGGUGCGGGAGUGCAUCAAGCUUGUGGCGCUGGACGCGGUGGAGUUGUCCAUGGAGCGCACGACUCCCAACACUGACGCGGUGCGCACGGAGCUGUUGGUGAGCGCCGCUUCCUCUCUGGCUUUCUCCCCGGAGCAAGUGGCGUGUGUCUGUGAGGCACUGCAGCAGGGAGGCAAUGUGGACCGGCUGGCCAGGUUCCUGUGGUCCCUGCCACAGAGUGACCUGCUUCGCGGCAACGAAAGCAUCCUGAAAGCACAAGCCCUGGUUGCUUUCCACCAAGCUCGGUAUCAGGAGCUGUACAGUAUUUUGGAGAACCACAGUUUCAGUCCGUCCAACCACACCUUCCUGCAAGAUCUGUGGUACAAGGCCCGGUACACCGAGGCGGAGAAGGCGCGGGGGAGACCUCUGGGUGCCGUGGACAAGUACCGGAUCAGGAGAAAGUACCCUCUCCCCAGGACUAUCUGGGACGGCGAGGAGACUGUUUAUUGUUUCAAGGAAAGGUCGCGAAACGCGCUGAAGGAUCUGUAUAAUCAGAAUAGGUACCCGUCUCCGGCCGAGAAAAGAAAUCUCGCCAAGAUAACAGGACUCUCCUUGACCCAGGUCAGCAACUGGUUCAAAAACAGGAGACAGAGAGACAGAAACCCGUCGGAAGCACAAUCCAAAAGUGAAUCUGAUGGAAACCACAGCACAGAGGAUGAGUCCAGCAAAGGCCAGGAGGAGCUGUCUCCUCGCCCUCUCUCCAAUUCUUCAGAUGGAGUGAUAAGCCACGGGGCUCUUCCUAUUCAAACGGGACCUCUGGACAGUGGGGUGGUCAUCCAACAGAUUGGGGACAUCAAGAUGCCCCCUUGCUCCAGCAGUGGUGGCCUUUACAACGGUAGCCUGGUGACCAGCAACACGCCCUCCACCGUCUUUCACAACGGUGGCUCGUCUUACCUCCACUCACCUGGAAACAUCCUCUUCAACGGGCUCAAUUUGGGCAUCCAGCCCUUGGCUUUCAACCCGCUGAGGUCGUCGGGAGGGGUGCUGCUGGGGGGCUCUGGGGUGGACAUGCAGAUGCAGACAGAGCAGGAGAAAGGACUGGGCAAUGCCGAGGAGUCCACCAUGCAGUACGCCUCCUACCCUGGCUGCGUGAACGGAGCGGAGGUGAAGCUGGAGGGGGUUCACACCAUCGCCGCCCAGAACGGAGGCUCGUCUGUGCUGACGUUCAGCUCCCCGUCAGGUGCUCUGCAGCUGGGUGGCUAUAGUUUGGUCCAAGUACCAAGUGGAGUCUCUGACACCGAUGGCAGCUCAUUACUCAACAACGAUGUAGGUCUUCCUCCCCUGCAGCUCUCCUCUGCCUCUUCUUCCUCAACAAUUACACAACAAGGUACCAUGCCUUUAAAUAAUGUAGCAGUGAGCUCUUCCAGUGACGACUCAUUCCAGCAGCAGGACAAGCUGACCAUGACAUCGCUGCAUCACAGUACGGUCCUGUACAGCAUGAGCAGUGCUGGCCAACCGUCCAUCAAAAAGGAGCCUCUGGAGGGAGGCGUUUACUCCUCGUACCACCACGGCCUCCACCUGGACCCCAGCGGUCAGAUCAGCUACACCACCCCCAGUUCAGAGGAGAUUUCCUCCAGCCAAGGUUCAACCUCGACCACUGAGGUCACCGCUGUCAGCUCGUCCAGCCACGAGCCCGAGGUCUACACCACGCUCACCGUCAGCACGCCCCUGAUGGCCCAGACGGACCCCAGCAACCACCACCUACAGCCCACAGAGUACCUCGGCGGCCACGAGGUCCGGGGGGGCGCGCCCCCACACCUGAUGGGCCCCGGCAUGAACAGCAACUACAUGAACCUUUCAGAAAGCAAGGUGGACGGCUCGGGUUCGGGAGGCAUGAAUGAAAUGGUGCGGGCGAUGUGUGGGGAGAUGGAGGCCGCGGAGGGGAAGGAGCUAGCCAAACUACAGACAGUGCAGAUGGACGAGGACAUGGCUGACCUUUAACCUCAAACCUCUCCCCUCACAGAAGCACUCAUGUCCGCCCAAGCAGAGAUGUGGUGAAUCUUUAUACUUUUGUGUGUGUGCGUGUGCGUGCGUGUGUUUUCUUUUUUUAAACCAUUCAUUUCCUUUAAAUGUUAAAUUAUUUUUUGUUCAUUUGACUUUUACAAUGCACUCUAGUCAGAGGAGAAGCCUUGUGGGUGGGCUUUAUCAGUUUAUCACAAAAAAAAAUAAAAGAAGCCUGUGACACGUUUUAAAAACCCCCGUUCACGAGACGAAACAUUACGACUGUUAUGUGCUAACAGAAGAAGUCGCUGUACGUAUUUGAGCCAUGUUUAAAUGUGCAUUUUUAUAGACAACACCUGCUACUUCCUGUUGAGUGGAUUUGAUGUGCAGGAGCAGGUGCUGGAAUUCCACGGGUCAUGUGACCGGGAUGUUCCUCCAAACUAAAUGCGUCAUCUGGGUCAAACCAAAAAGGUCAUUCUGGAAGUGGAGGGAGGGAGAGAGAGGGGGGAGAGAGUGCCUCUGUGAACAUGGUCAGUCAAACAGCAACAGCCUCACUGAAGGACUGGAGCACGUACAGAGAAUAGGUCAAUAAACACACGAAGCUGCUGAUUUAGGAAUAAGUGUCCUUCAGUAAGCACUUUAAAUUCUCCAAAUGCCUCUCAAAUCACUGCGAACCCCUGCUUCCGUGCUUUAAACCACACCAAAUGACUAAGGAGUUCCGAACAUGGGAGGGGAGUUUAAGACGAAUGUGCCUUUCUGUUAUGUAAAACACACCGCGGCGUUGCUCCGUUUUGGCGUUUGCACUACCAUAAUCAAACGGGCUUUGUGUCGGAGGGCAUGCCACAUGUGACACACCUCAACAAAUGCACACUAUCUCAGCAAUGACUCCUAUUUCAAGCCUCACCAUCAGCCAGUGAGACGAAGAUAUGAAUGAUGAUCCAAAGGUCGCGCUGCCGGUAAACAUCUUGUCCAUCAUGUGUUGUUUAUAAUGCUGCAACUCACAGUAUGUUAACUAGAUGUGACGACGCUGUACUAUAUCACGUUUCAUUUUGAUGUGUCUCUCCAAAUGUCAGUGUGUAUGCUUGUGCAAGAAAAGGAACAAAAGUACAGACGUUACAUAUCUUCUUUUUUUUUUUAUAGUCCCACCUAUUAAAAAAAAAAAAAAAGAAAGAUUGUAAUCACAGUGUUUUGGACACUAGUGCCUUUUUUACUUUUUUUGUUUUGUGAAUAACACUAAAAGUAAGCCCAGCUGUAGCUCUUGCGUCGGCGCACACAGGCAGUAAAAUAUAGCAGCUUCGGAGAUUUACCACCGCCGCCAUCGCUGGCACAUUUGUUGGGUGUCAGUUGAGUGUGAGCGUGGAGCCCAUUUGUCAAGUGCGCUUUUCACAACAGGAGCCUCAAGUUCUUGCUGUCACACAUGACCAUAAUAGCACAUUUCAACCUUACAGCCAACGCACACCGUACACAUUUAUCAGUGAAUCUCAUGUCGUCAUGCUAGUGGACUUGUAACACUUUUCCUUGUCAGGAUUUUACGGCACCGAGCUGAGUGGACAUUUCAGUGAAAUCAUCCUCAGUGCUUUAAUGUCAUUCACCAAAAACAUAAAGUUGUGGGCAAAUAGUAAAAAAGCGAUGGUCUUUUUUUUUUGUUUGUUUUGUUUUUUAAAAUCUUAGUUUGAAUUAUAUGUUUGUUAUCUGAAAUUAUGUGAAUGUAUUUUUCUAAAUCUCCAUACUGCAAUAAAAGUUUAUAUUUAUAAAAACAUA